AUGAUCCAAGCCCUUGAGUCCGCCUAUGGCAAUCCGAAUGAGCUUUCCGAGGCUCUUGACCGCCUGCAACGCCUCCAGUUUACCGUGAAUGGGAAGACCGACAUUGUGGACUUUCUUGCGGAAUUUGACUACUUAACUGCGACCGGUCGUGUGCCCGAGGACCAGAUGAAGCAUACCCUGUGGCAGCACAUCCCGGCCAACCUAGAUAACAGCCUCUUGACCAAGACCCGCGACGAGUCCGUGACCUACGAGGUUUUCUACUGCUCCGACUACCGCCAAGACUCCGAACAAGACCGGCUCGACCCUAUCACCUCGCGUGAUGCUGGCAGAGCCUUGACCGACGAUGAGAAAAGGUCCGCCGCCCAAAGACUCGGAGCCCAGAUUAAGGAGCUCCCGAGUCGGAUUCCCCUCCAAGACUUCCGUGGAAAGCCAGCCGGCUAUAUCCAGAAACAGCUGGUCGCCACUUUCGUCAUCGAUGGCCGUUCGUUCGCAAACGAGACAUUUGAUAUAGCUGAGUGUGGCCAUGAUAUCUUUAUCGAUGAUCUUCCUGCCCUCGCCAAGUUCUCCCGACGAUCCAGCUCUCGUCAAGCCCCGCUCUCGGGUCGGAUCGACCCUAAGAUCCAGGCCGACGCUGAGAGGCGGAACCGCCUGCUCGAGAAAGAGGAGAAACGCUACCGGAUCCUCCACAAGAACUGGGGCCGCUCUGAUCAAACUCCUCCGGCCUCUGUCCCGACCCGUUACCGACUCCGUCUCCGUCGUUUCAGUCCAAGUCUCCGUCUGCCAAGAACUCAACGCUUCACGAAGAUCGAUGUGAUCCAGGCCUUCCACCGUCUCCUCCUCCCGUUCGGUCUGAAGGUAGGUCCCGCCUGGUUCCAGCAGUUUAUCAACGCGCAGCUUCACGAUCUCCUCGACCGAUUUAACGUGACCAAGGUUGACUACCUCGGCGUUCUGCUUGAAGCCGGUGUGGGCCUUAGUGUCGACCCUCGGAAAGUUCGAUCGAUACAAGACUGGAAGUUUGAGGACCUCCGAGACCGCACCGCGAUCCGAUCAUUCGUUGGCCUAUGCAACUUCAUCCGUGUUUUCUGCUACCACGCCUCUGGAGUGGCAGAACCCUUGAACCGGUUGCUUAAGAAGGAUGUUGCCUUUGUGAUGGGCCCGGAGCAACGCGAAGCAUUUGAUCAACUCAAGCGCCUGGCUAUCGAAGCCCCGGUCCUCGCCUUCUUUAGACCAGAACUGCCGACCCGACUGGAGACCGAUGCCUCCCGGAAUGCCACAGCUGGUGUUCUAUGGCAGGAACAGCCUGAUCAGACCUGGAAGCCCGUUGGAUUCUUCUCUAAGACCAUGACCCCGGCCGAGCGAGCCUACCCAAUCCAAGAUCGAGAGCUCCUCGCCGUCGUACAGAGUCUAGAGCACUUCUACCCAGAGCUCUUAGGCCAGAAGUUCGAUGUGAUCACCGAUCACGAAGCCUUAGUCCAUUUCUCUACGAAGCGCCUGCUCUCGGUACGACAGAUCAGAUGGUCCGACUUUCUCGCCCAGUUCGACAUCCGUUUCCUCUACCGCCCCGGUCGACUGAACGUAGUCGCCGAUGCCCUCUCCAGGAAGACAGCGGAGCUCCCUACCGUAAAGGCCCGGGAAGCCGAGGAACGCACGGUGACCCUGAUCCUCCGGAAAGGCUAG